AUGUCGGCUGGUGGUGUGAAUAAUCAAGAUUCCAAGCUGAGGUCUGCGUCAGAUGAUGUUGAUAAUGACCGGGAAACCACAACGACAAGGCGAUACCCGAGACGUAAUCGCAAAGAAGUACUAACAACGAGCAAUAAAACUUCUACAGCGUCCGUAUCUAUCAUUCACAAGGCCUCUCACAAGCGCAAAGCCGUGUCGCCAAAGCCGCCUGGAUCAAAGUCCGAAUUAGGCACGAUGGACUCAUCUUUCAAAGAAGAGAGACAAGUCAAAACAAGUAGAAAAGCACCGAGAAAGCAAUCUGGAAGUGACCGAGGUAUACGAAUUACUGACAAACAUAUCCUCUUUUGGGGCAGUGUGUUGUCGAACUGGAACUUGGGAUCAACGUUUCCGGGCAGCAGACUCGUGGAACUACUCAUUCCGCGUCUGGUUGAGCAUGGAGUCGAGCAUCCACGUCGGACUUCUGUCAGUACUAAAUUGCUCGAGCACCAUAACUUUGUCUGCGGUGAACAGGCCAUGAUGGCUUGCAAAGCCUGGUUGUUUGAAAAAGGCCCAGUGCUGGAACAGGACGUUGAGGAAUUGCAACUCACCGACCCGAGUUCCUUCUUCGACGUUUUCCAAGACCCGGCAGCUUUCUCGGAUGUCAGCCUGCCCAGGAAUCUUGGAAGUGCAAGCGAUCUUCUGGCGAAAGCACGUAAGACGUACUUGUGGCAGAUUCUCCUCAACUCCAGUCCUCGCCACCAGAAAGGCUUGGGACGCAAAAUCCCAAACUUUUCACCUGACAUAUGGAGCACUUCAUGUGUCCCCAUCGUGGUCAGUGUAUGUAUCGCUCGUGCUGAAUGCGAAGAUGAGCUCAAGAAGCUGUACCGUCAUGUUGGAGAUCGGAAAUUCGUUGAAGGCUCUCCAAUGGAUCGCAUCUGGGGUGUGGGAUUGAGAUGGGAUAAUCCACUCGCAGACGCGGAAGAAAAUUGGAAGGGAACGAAUUUAUUGGGCAAGUGUCAUGACCAGGCGGCUGCGUUUUCUAACACUGGAGACUUUUGA